AUGGGCCCGACGCGGGCGUCCCGCAAGGGCAAGAAGGCGUGGAGGAAGAACAUCGACGAUGGUGCUGUGGUGGACGCGCUGGCGCAGGAAACGCUCGAGGAGCGCCGGGCGGGGCCUGCCGUGGAGACUCUGGCGGACGAGAAGCUCUUCACGGUCGACAGGAAGCCGGCGGCGAAGCCCGAGGUGAAGACGAAGAAGCAGCGGAUGCUGGAGGCGCGCUCGAAGCUCACCAGGGCUGAGGCGAUCAUUCAGCAGGCUUCUCAGGCAAAACCGGUCUUGCGGACCCCGAAGCCGAAGCCGAAGUCGGCACUGCCAGCGCCGCUGCAGGAGCGCGACGCGCUGAAGCAGCGCAGCGAGGAGGAGCGGAGGCGCGACGCGGAGGCCAAGGAGCGGCGGCAAAAGGAGCUCGCCAAGGACUACGACGUCUUCCAGGAGAGCCCGAAGGCCGACCGCGAGGACAAACAGCGCGCCCUGAUCAAGGAGCAGUACGGCACCGCGAAGCGCCGCCGGAAAGCGACCAUCGCCCCGAUCCCCGCAGUGGAGGUCGACAUCCCCGGGUGCUCGUACAACCCCACGUACGACGACCACCAGGACGCCGUGGCGCUCGCGGUGGCGCACGAGAUGAACAAGGUCAUCGCGGCGGACCUCGCGCCCACGGCGCCCCCGCGCGUGCUCCCCGCGGACGCCCCCGCCGACCCGCAACAAGACCCGCUGGCGCUGCUCCAGCACGACGCCGAGGCGAGCGACAGCGAGCCCGAGGACGCCGGGUCGGAGGGCGAGGACGUCGCGCCGCAGAAGCGCCCCGAGAAGAAGACGCGCGCGCAGCGCAACAAGGAGCGGCGCGUCGCGGAGGAGGCGGCGCGUCUGGCGGCGAGGCGCGCCUUGAAGAAGCAGCGGCGCGAGAUCGACGGGCUCGGGCGGACGCGGCGGGAGCUCGAGGAGGAGGAGGCGGACCGCGAGGUGCUCCGGGCGCGGCGGGAGGCGAUGUUGGCGGAGCGCGCGCUGCAGGAGCCGCCGCGCCUGGGCAGGCACAAGUUCGAGCCUGCGCCGGUCGAGGUGUUGCCGACGGACGAGCUGCCGGGGUCGAUGCGGGGCGCGGGGAAGGGGCGGGGCGCGGCCGCGGCGCUGCGCGACCGGUUCAGCUCGCUGCAGAAGCGCGGGCGGCUGGAGGUGCGCAAAGUGGUGGAGAAGCAGAAGGUGCGGAAGCGGAGGACGUACGUGCACGGGGCGAAGGCGGACGCGGAGCGGGAGCGGAUGGCCGAGAUCUGGGCGCUGCAGGCGCGCAACCGGGACCGGAAAAAGGCCGCCGUCGCGCAGGCGGCGAUCGAGGAACUGUGA